GGUUACGCAAACGGUUGCUCCAAAGAUGGGGACAACUUAUUCCCAGGCUUCUAGCUCGGGAAACACGUGAGGCCAGUGGAAGUAAUAGCUGCUUCUACUCAAGAUGAAGUGGGAUUGAUACCCUCCCCACUUCAUGACAAGGCCAAGGCUAAUGACCCCUUAGUCACCCCGCAGACACAACUAGACCAAACUAUGCUCUGUACGUUAGAUGUGUCUGAAGUCUUAGAGGACUUGGAGAGUGAGUGGUCAAACAAGGACCCUCGCGAGUCUUGGGUGGCGCUGAGGAAAGGUCCUAGAGGGGAACAUUUCGUGGUGGAAGUCAAUGUAGGAGGCCGCAAAUGUGGUGCCUUCAUAGACAUAGGCUCCACGCGGAAUUACAUAAGUCGCGACUGUUUGGAAAGGCUGCACCUACAAGACCGGGUACGGCACCUUAGUAGACCUGUAGCAUCUACUUUGGCCAACAAGGAGCGCAUGAUUGUAACAGACUACAUCAAGGACGUAGUCUGUACCUUCUCCUAUGGAGGAGGUGAGCUUAACCAUAAGAUCUCGUUCUUGGUUAGCGACGACUUGCCAUUCGAAAUGUUAUUAGGCAUGUACUACCUCGAAGUUGCUAAGCCCCAGUUCGACUGGGAUAAGAAGGUGCUCAAGCAUAAGUUGCUCGAUGGCCGAACUGUCAGAUUGACUAAGUUCAAGGCUAGUAGCAUUAUAGAUACCUAUGGCUGCUUGUGCGCAUCAGCGUUCUACAAUUAUUACAAGCAAAAUGAAGAGGAGGGUAUGUACCUUGUUUAUGUCUCUGAGAAGGGGGAGGCCGUUAAAACACCCCCAGAGAUAGAACGCGUCGUUGCUAAGUUCCCUGAUCUGUUCGAAAAGCCCACAGGAGUUGUUGAAAGGGAAGUCGUCCACGCUAUAGAAAUCAUUCCAGGGAUCACCUCUCCUUUGACUGAUCUAACUCGACUUGACACACCGUGGAACUGGAGUGAUGAGUGCGAGGGUGCUUUCAAGAGAUUGAAGCAUGCACUCAUGAAUCAUGAAGUUCUCAUGGUUCCCGAUCCACAAAAGCCAUUCAUAGUGACCACUGACGCAAGCCAAUACGGCAUUGGCGCAGUGCUGGCUCAGUUGGAUGGGAAAAAGUUGAGACCGAUUGAGUACAUGAGUAAGAAGAUGCCAUCGAAGAAGUUGGCUAAGUCCACCUACGAAAGGGAACUCUAUGCUCUCUACAAGGCACUUGUCCAUUGGAGACACUUCUUUUUGGGAAGGUUCUUCUAUAUGAGGACUGAUCAUCAGACCCUCAAAUGGAUUAAGACUCAAUCGGCUCUUUCUGAUGCACUCAAGCGAUGGAUUGAGGUCAUAGACCAAUAUGACUUCAAGCUUGAGUACUUGAAGGGAGAGUACAACAAGGUUGCAGACGCGCUAUCCCGUAGAGCAGAUGACCUAGGUGCGCUAGUUUCUGACUUUGGCAUAUCUAAUGAAGUAACUCAAUCAUUGGUGGGAGCCUAUCAGGAAGACCUUGUCAUGAUGGACAUCAUGCGCAAACUUCAGGCAAAAGACAAGGCCACAGAAAGUGAGUUUGUGAUGGUGGACGGGUUACUCUAUCUUGAUAAGGCAGGAAUAAAAAGAAUGCUAGAUGACGCAAAGAAGUAUGUUGAGACCUGUCAGGUUUGUCAUCGAGACAAGCCGCGAACUCAAGCACCGCUUGGGUUGUUGAAGCCUUUACCUAUUCUUGAUGGUCCAGGAUUGAGUGUUUCCAUGGAUUUCAUGGACACCCUAGUGACCAGCAAGAGUGGUAAGAGGCACAUUUUUGUCAUCAUCGACCGAUUCACCAAGUUCCCUAGACUAGUACCAAUGCCAGAGACAGCCAGGACAAAAUACGUCAUCAAGUUGUUCAAGGACAACUGGGUAAGGGACUUUGGUUUACCAAAGACCAUCAUUAGUGACCGAGACGUCCGAUUCACAAGUGAGCUGUGGAAGAAGACUGCGGAACAGAUGGGCAGUCAACUUCAGAUGACUUCAGGGAAUCAUCCCGAAGCCAACGGACAGGCCGAACAAAUGAAUAGAGUUGUACAGCACUUGCUGAGGCAUUACAUCAAGCCCAGCCAGGAUGACUAGGAUGAACAGUUACCUCUCAUCGCCAGCCUGUACAACAAUACUAUACAUAGUAGCACCGACGUUAGUCCUAACCAGU